AUGCCCUCCAUCCGCACCCUCGCCCUGGGCCUCAGCCUCGCCCUCCUGGCCACAACCACCACCGCCGAACGCCUUAAGGUGGUCUGGUCGUCCGGCUCCUUCUCCGCCAUUGGCGACCAGUCCGGCAACUACAACAGCUUUGCCAUCAUUCGUGAGAACGGCGAGGCCAUCUACAACGAUGGGUACCCCAAGGACAGGUCCCCGUGCUUCAACACGGGCGACGGCCGCACAUUCCAAAUCGAGGGCGACUGCUGGGCCUCUGGUCGGCAGUUCCACUGCUUGAGUGACUUUGGCGGCUCGCCGACCAACUGUGACGUACGCGAUGAGAACGGCAAUGUGCUGGGCACUGGUGUUGGACAGAAGGAGACUACUUUCAUUGGGAUCUCGAUUGGAACGGAUGCAUCCUGUGUCGUGGAGUUUGACAGUGAUGAUGCAGGUCACUGCCCUGUCGAUGAUGGGAAUGGGCCGCUGCAUGUGACCAAGGACGACCUCUAG